CCCAGACUCUCUCCCUCUAAGGGCCCCAAUGCCUCGCAAUACCCGCAGCAGGAAAGAGCGCACAUGUUCCUGGUGCUCUCAGUCAUUCACCAAAGAUGAACAUCUUGCCAGACAUAUUAGGACGCACACCAGGGAAAAGCCGUUUGUUUGCGAUGAGUGUGAGAGGGCGUUUAGUCGCCAUGACUCGCUUUUGCGACAUACAAGAAGUCAUCAAUUGCGCAGUUCCCAGCCUGUGAGAAUCCAGGCGGCUUCUGUUUCGGAAGACACGGUGGCGGGUUCGGAGCAGUCUGGUCAAAUCAUGCGCAAUUCAGUGCCACCUUCUCUUCAUGGUUUGGAUGGAGAUAUCGCUGAGCCUCUACAGCAGCCAGCUUCGCAUGUUGGUGAAAACAUUUCCUGUGCUGGGAAUAGGUCAGAAGCACUGCCUCUGUUCGCCCGGUUACCCGGGAAUGCCGUCGACUUGGACUCAGCAGGGAUCGUCGCACAAGAUGCUGGACUGUUCAAUACCGCAGGUCCUGGAACAGGGGUUGAUUCUUACAUGGGUGAUAUAGGUGUUGGAAGCUCUAAUGACGGAACUAUCUGGGACUUUGAUGCAGCAUCCUUGCCUCCAGCUUGGUUGGCUAGUGAGGAUUUUGAUUUGAAUGCUCUCAACUCGUCUAUCAUGGCUUCUACCACAAACUGGUUUCUGCAGCCCGACAGUCAAAAUAAUGUCGAGGCGACAAAUUACGUUAUCCAGCCUUCUACAAGCAUUGACUCAACGCGACGAGAAGACAUCAUUCGCCAGCAAUGGUUCACGUUUAUAGGGGACAUUGAAAACGGAUAUGAUACGCCUGAUGUCGUACCGGAAAAGACACAGGUUGACGAAGCAUACAGGGAGAGUCUGGCUGAUAAACUCUACCAGCAAGUCCCUGCCUUGCCUCUCCCGUCUACUGACUUUUUGAACCUAUGCAUUCAGAUGUACUUUACCCGCUUCGAUCCUAUUUUCCCAAUUGUGCAUGCCCCGACAUUUCGACCAUCUGCUCAGAGCUCGCUUUUAUUGAUAUCCAUUUGCUCUGUGGGAAGCUUGUUUGUGGGAUCCUCCUAUGCUACUUCUCAGGGGAUAAAGAUUUUUGAGACUCUCCAUAAAGCUAUUUUAGCUUCGUGGGAAAGAUACAUAUCUGGUGGAGAGGCUGAGGCUAUGGCCAUGAUUCAAGCAGCUCUCAUUGGCCAGACGUUCGGUCUAUUGUCUGAAAGACCAAAAGACCUACUGACGGUGCAUACUUUCCAUGGCACUUUUGUUGCAUGGUCAAGGUGUCACGCACCAAAGAGAAAGCAAGUAACCGAUAAUAUUGUGUAUGACGAACUCGCAGAGAAUCCAGAAAAGGCGUGGAAGACAUGGAUUCGCGCAGAGGAGUGGAACCGUCUUGUUGCGGGAAUUCACAUACAUGAUGUUGAAGUUUCGGAGCUGUUUCUUACAGAACCAUUCAUCAGACACACUCCAUCUAAGAAACCAAAUAUUGCUGAAGAUAGCCUUUGGACGGCACCGACAGCUGGUGAAUGGUGCAAGAUUAUGAAAAAUCGAUCAUCGACGUCAGCCCCUUCUGAACGCCGCCAAACAUAUAACCAAGCAAGCUUAUUUUCAUCCGGACUUUCUAGGUAUAUCGAGCUUGAAGAGAUUGCAGCCUCUAUUGCCGAAGAUAGAAGCACAGACAGCCUCGACAUGUCCAAAAAAUACGAGUCAUUGGUACAAUUUUACAAUUCACAUCUCAAAUCCAAGGAAAGCAGAGCAGCAGACCCUUAUUGCCUACAGGUGCUGUGGCACUUCAUCUUCAUUUCUCUAUACGUGGAUUUCAAUCACCUCGAGCUAGCUCUCGGCAAAGAGGGUUUCGACGAAGCACAACGACACGUUGACUAUGCCCGUGAAUGGGCUUGCUCAAGAAAUGGCCGCAGAUGCGCUUUACACGGUGCCCUGAUCCUCCGCAACCUCGAGAUGAUGAGACUGGGAACCGAACCAGCAAUACACGUCCCUCGAAUAGUAUUCCGUACAGCAAUCGUCUGGUUCUGCUAUACCAAAUUCGCUUCCGCUGACUCUGACACUUCCCACCAAGCGGUGGAUUUCCCUGAGUUGACGAAAAUGGGAAUCAAUACCCAGAGGCUGCUCUUUGAAGCAAAUGGUCUCAAGCCAACACGUCCUCAGACGCCUGAGUCGAGUACACUCUGCGGCUUGGUUGAUAUUCUCCAACGAGUUGGACACUGGGACAUUAGUCGAAAGUUUGCUUCUAUUCUUACUCUUUUGAUGGAAGAUAAAACUGGACUUUAACCUUUCGGGAUAGUCAUAUCUGUCUAUCAAGAUUGCUGUUGGGGAAAGAUAGGAGUUCCGAUUAACCUUGGGGCUAAAAAGCACUUAUCAACAAUUCCUUGAUAUCACAAAGAUUGACAAAAGUCUCCAAUUCCGGCCCCGAAAUUGCCCCGCGUACCCCGCCUCCUCGGUUACCUAUCUCGGCCAUCCAUGAGCCGAGUCGCAGAUAACAACAUGACUCCACUAUAAAAGGAGACUCGGCCAU